CAGCCCCGGUCUAUGGAAGGAGUGGCAAAAACAAGCAUGGAAACUGCAGUCAAUCAGAAAGAUAAGUGGAAGGUAGCUUUCAGCCGUUCAACCACUAAAGUUGGCCCAAGCCCCAAGGGAACGAGCGAAAGGGCUGCUUGCCGGAACAGCAGAUCGAGCUCGGAGCAGCCUAUUAUUUAUUACAUUUCCAAGGGGGACUACUCUUUUGCCCCAACUAUUCCAAAAACGUGGGAAGUCUUCUCUUUCGGAGAAGGAAGGGAGAUCCGCGGACCUGGAGGAGGUAGAAUGAUGAAUACGGGUACGAAGGGUCAUCCAGAAGCGCUGGAAGGGCUGGAGGAAGGGGACGAACCGCAUCGAUUGAGUUAUAUCCGGCAGGCUAAGACCCACGUACCCAGAAAGGAAGGUGAAAGGCUAACUUUUUCUUUAGCAUAUUCUAUGAAUUCCGCUUUCCAGAAGCAUCAUCUUAGAACAUUGCAAGAGAUGCUGUCGUUUAUUUUUUCUAUGCUGUACGAACCUCGUGAGUUCUUGCUCACAGAUGGUGGAGACGGUCCGAUCCCAAAAAGCAGCAUCGACUCAAGGAUGUUUAGGUCUCUAAUUGAGAAUCUCCUCCUACCCGCACAAUCAGUGUGGUGGAGUAGUACCAAGACGAGACCGGAAGCGGGGCCUUUCGGGUUGAAGCUGGAGGGUGCGGGUAAGGUGCGAGUGUUCGCUAUCCCUAGUCCUAUCCUGCAGCGCUUGGUGAAGCCGCUGCAUGACUGGACGAUGUCGGUUCUCAAAGAACUAGAGACCGAUGGGACUUUCGACCAACUCGCUCCUCUCCGUCGGCUUAAGGGUCAUAAGGCUCGAUAUAAUUGA